CGGCAGCAGCUGACGGACUUGUGCUUGACUUUGAUUAAUUUGUGAUUUGUGACAUAUUCUAUUUCUCUUCCACAUUAACGAUUUAUAUCGAAUGUCUUCCUACAAUAUUUGUAGCAUAUAAUUUAAAAUUCAUCGAUCGGAUACGUGAAUUUGUAGAAGAAACAUUUGACUGUGAUCUGUUGAAUAAGACAAAGGAACCCUCUCGUGUGAAGAUGGCGAGCGGGUCGUGGGAGGAGUUCUUCGCGGUGCACCUCCCCCCCACUGAUUUCGAGGACAACCGCUCCCUCCUCAAGGAAUUCUGCGAACGACAUGACAAGCACGGCAACAGGAUUGCACUUGUCACGUCGGGCGGCACAACAGUACCUCUGGAGCACAACACCGUCCGCUUUGUUGACAACUUCAGCGCGGGCACGAGGGGCUCGGCCUCCGCGGAGUACUUCCUGGAGCACGGCUACGCGGUAAUCUUCAUGCACCGCCAGAAGUCGUUGGAGCCCUACACGAGACACUUCAGCGGACAGAAGCUCCUAGAUAUGCUGGAACUGAACGAACGAGGGCCCAACACAACUAUAACUGUGAAGCCUGACAGUGUGGACGUGCUGGCGCCGGUACUAGCGCGCUACAAGGCUGCGCACGCGGCGGGUGCACUACUGCACGUCGCCUUCACUACAGUGUCAGAGUACUUCUGGCUGCUGCGCGCCGCCUGCGAGUGCCUGGCGCGUCUCGGGCCCCGCGCGCUUCUGUUCCUCGCCGCCGCUGUCUCAGACUUCUAUAUACCUAAGGAUAGAGUACCGACGCAUAAGAUGCAGUCUGAGAGCGGUGCGCCAGUGAUCCAGCUGCAGCUGGUGCCCAAGAUGCUGGCGCCGCUGGUCAGCUUGUGGGUGCCCAGCGCCUACGUCGUCUCAUUCAAGCUGGAGACGGACGAGAACCUCCUCGUGCCCAAGGCGCGCUCAGCCCUCGAGAAGUACAAGCAUAAGAUGGUGGUAGCGAACCUCCUGCAGACGAGACACCACCGCGUGGUGCUGGUGAAGCCUGACGCUAGCCAGGAGAUCCUCCUCACCAGGGAAGAUGUACACGCAGGUGUAGAUAUCGAGGCAUCGAUAGUGAGUGAGAUAGUUCGUCUGCACACGGCGCACCUUGGCGGGCCGAGUGCACCGUCCGCACGCUGAGUGUCGCGCGGCCGCCUACACCGCCUCUACCUCACAGACUAGGCGGCCGCCAAAAUGUGCCAUAACGCAACCACAUACGACUCAUAUUCCCAUGCCAUGUACAUACCCGCGGUGAACUUUCAACCUUAUUGUCUACGCGAUACAGUCUAUUUUGUUGU